GCGCGUGCGCAGUAGCGAAGCUCGUGUGGAGUUGAGGGGCUUCAGUCCUCGGUGCUAUUUAGUCUGCUCUUCUUCCACCCCGCCAGACUCGCCAUGGCAGACGAUGACUUGGAGGCCCUGCGGAAGCAGAGGCUGGCCGAACUGCAGGCAAAGCAUGGGGACUCUUCUGGUGAUCCAGCACAACAGGAGGCAAAACACAGGGAAGCAGAGAUGAGAAACAAUAUUCUAGCUCAAGUUCUGGAUCAGUCAGCGCGGGCCAGGUUAAGUAAUUUAGCACUUGUAAAGCCAGAAAAAGCUAAAGCAGUAGAGAACUACCUCAUACAGAUGGCAAGAUAUGGACAGCUGAGUGGAAAGGUAUCAGAGCAGGGAUUAAUAGAAAUUCUUGAAAAAGUAAGCCAGCAGACAGAAAAGAAAAUAACAGUUAAGUUCAACAGAAGAAAAGUAAUGGAUUCUGAUGAAGAUGAAUAUUGAAAUUUAAUGUUUAAAGACUCAUAAACUUCUUGAAAAAUUUCUAGGAAAAGAUAAUACUUGGCAGAAGUGAAGAUCUGAUUAAAUGGUAACUUUGCUUUCUGUAUACAUUUUGAGAAAGAGGGGCAAAUAAAAAGGACUUGUUUAUGUAAAAUAAAACAA